AUGUGCCUACAAUCUGAGUUGUGCAGUGAUGCAGCAAUUAUCACCAACUCUCCACCCUGGUUAUUAGCUUCUUUUACUGAAGGAAACUUUACUCAGAUCACCCAGGAAGAAAUUCAGACCUUACUGGCAAGAGAGGGUAGAGAAAAACUGUUUCUCCAGGGAAUCACCCUUGCUGGAAUCAAAUGCCUGUUGAUCCGAGACAACUUGCUCGCCCAAGGCAACAGCAUGGACUUUCGUACCAAAGGCCAAAGUCGAAGUAGCCAGGCAGUGACUAUAGUUCAGAUAGAGUCUGUGUAUCUUGUGGUGAUGGGAAAGAAGGGGACCGAAGGAGGACCUCUCAACCUCAAAGCUUUUGAGAUAGCAGGCUACAUGAGAGAGGCCAUUCUUAAAAAAAUGACCCAUUCCUAA